AUGAGAAAGAAAAGUAGAGGUCGGAAGCGAAAACGAAGGAGGCACUCAAGAAUGAGAACCAAAAGAUGUUCAAACAUUGCUUCUGAGAUAGAUGAGAUGUUCGGAUUUGUUCAGGAUCAGACUUUAUAUUUGAUGAGUUUCAGAGAUAUGCCUACACUUUCAAGGAAAGUUACUUUGGAAUAA